AUGACGACGUACGCGACCGACUUCUUCUUUGUCGAAUCCAGCUCAGUCGAUCCGAUCGAGACCACGACGCUUAACAUCACUCUGAUCACAGAAGAUCCGGUAUGAGCGGUUAUCUGAGAGAACAUUCGGAAAGAAGAACUUUAGGGGAAAGGAUCUUUAAUUCUAAACGAAUCGAUCACCGAUCUGAACGUGACGACCACUGAAUACAUUCCGAUCGUCGCUGCAGCCACCGCCUUCGCUUCGCUCAUUACAAUCGGGAUAUUCUCCGUCUCCAUCUUCAUAAUCGUGCUCAUCAGAGGAAACAAGCGAUUUCAAGAAGUGAGUCACUUUCAUCCCUCGCUCAUUGAUUUAAUUUGCCUUCAGUUUCCGUUUUUCGCGAUUGUGUAUCAUUUGACAGCUGUAAAUGCAAUUCAUAUUCUGAUGCAGUGCACAACAGUGCUCCCGAUAAUGAUAAUGGAGGUUAGUGCCUCCGAAUAGGAACCAUUCUAACCGCACGAACUCUUUCAGAGCGAUGAAGAUUCUGCGAACCGCUUCUGGUACAAAGUGGGAUCGUAUCUGAUAAUGAUAACUGAACAGGCAUCCCUCUAUUUCACACUUCUGAUGACCAUCAACAGAUUCGCAGUUUUCGUGUUUCCUGCAAUGCUCUCCAUAUUCACAACGAAAGGAAUUCACAUAAUCGCUGCGUUCAUUUGGGUUUACAUCAACUUUAUUGUCUUCUGGAACUACAAUUACGGAACAGUCAAAACGUUCUCCAAAAAAGCGUUAACCACUCAGGAAGUGCUACUUGGAUCCAAUAUUUUCACAAAAGUCGGUCACAAAAUAAUGUAAUAUUUCAACGUCCUAUCUUUUCAGUUUUUCACUCUUUCUUCCACAUUCCUUCCAGUUGUCAUGCUCGGAAUGUACAUUGUUAUCUGCUUUUUUAUAAUCAAAAAACGAAAUGUGGUCGAGAAUGAGAGAAAGAACGAGAAGGACAUGUCCCUGGUCAUUCAGGCACUUGUUAUCACUGUUGCCCUAGAGGUACAAUCUCAUUCCUGCUUUUGCUCACUGUUCACUUUUCAGUGCGUCAAUCUGACUGAUAUCGUCACACCUCUUCUGAAGGAUUCAUCGAAGUCAGUUCAAUGGGUUUGGACUAUAUUCGCCUAUUGGUGAAUUUUCUUUUCGCCGUCUUCCAUGAACGUAAACUUUCAGCGUUACAAUAUUCAAUCAACUGGUGAAUCCGCUUCUUUUUCUGACCGUGAACAAGAUGGUACGAAGUGUGGCCAAGCAUGUAUUUGACAAGAACAUCAGCAAUUUCCUGUCGGACACGAGCUCAUCUGCACGUGCUCCAGGUAUUCAUUUUCUUUCUCUCAAUUGCUUCCGCGUCAUCAACUAUUUCAGAAGGCGGAAGAAUGCAGGCGACACGAAGGCGUUUCUGCUAUGGCUGUUGCGGCUGGCUGUUCAGAGAAGAACGGAAGGAAAGUGCGGUGGUCACCUUUUGA